GACUUGCGCAAUUCCAGGCGUAGGGAGCCUGUCCGCCGUGUCACGUGACCUCCUCCGUUGGGGGUGGGAGAGAAAAAUGUUCCGGUGAGGAAUUGAAGGUACCCCUGAGUGUGUAUGGUAUGGCUGCAGUGUGGCAGCAGGUGCUGGCAGUGGACGCAAGGUACAAUGCUUACCGCACUCCUACGUUCCCCCAGUUCCGCACGCAGUACAUCCGCCGGCGUAGCCAGCUGCUCCGUGAGAACGCUAAGUGUGGCUUUGAGCCGGUGCUGCGCAGGCAGUACCUGCGUCUGCGCAGCCAGCUGCUCGCCCUGCGCUACGGCCCGCUGUCCGAGCAAAGCAGCUUCAGAGCCAGCAGCGUGCGCAGCUCCCGCACCACACUGGACCGCAUGGAGGACUUUGAGGAGGACUCCAGGGCUCAGGGUGCUCGAGGUCACCGUCGUUCAGUGAGCCGUGGUUCAUAUCAGCUGCAGGCCCAGAUGAACAGGGCAGUGUAUGAGGAGAGGCCUCCGGGCAGCCUGGUGCCCACCUCUGUGGCUGAGGCGAGCCGUGCCAUGGCAGGCGACACCACUCUGAGUGAGAACUACGCCUUCGCUGGCAUGCAUCACAUCUUUGACCAACACGUCGACUCAGCUGUCCCUCGCUUGCAGUUCGCCAACGACGACAAGCACCUCCUCGCUUGCUGUUCCUUGGACGGGACCUUGUCGAUCAUGACUCUGUCCCCGCCUCCCCCGGCCGUUAGGGUGACGCUGAGAGGGCACGCGGGUCCCGUGACUGACUUCGCCUGGUCGCUUAGCAACGACAUCAUCGUGUCGACGUCGCUGGACGGCACGCUGCGUAUCUGGAACACGGAGGACGGUCGAUGUAUCCGCGAGGUCGCUGACCCGGAAACGAGCGAGCUCCUUUGCUGCACCUUCCAGCCCAUGAAUAACAACCUCACUGUGGUUGGAAACAGUAAGCACCUGCUGCAGGUGGUGAACAUCUCCACGGGAAAGAAAGUCAAAGGAGGUUCGAGUAAACUGACCGGCCGUGUGCUGUCGCUGUCGUUCGAUGCCCCGGGGAGGAUCCUGUGGGCCGGGGAUGACCGAGGGAGCAUAUUCUCCUUUCUCUUUGACAUGGCCACAGGGAAGCUGACUAAAGCGAAGAGGUUGGUGGUGAGCGAAGGAAGUCCCAUCUCCAGUAUCUCGGCACGCUCGUGGAUCAGCCGAGAGGCUCGGGACCCAUCUCUGCUGAUCAACGCCUGCGUCAACAAGCUGCUGCUCUACAGGGUUGUGGAUAAUGAAGGCACGCUGCAACUAAAGAGGAGUUUCCCCAUCCAGCAUGGCUCGCAGCAUCUCCACAGCAUUUUCUGUCCACUCAUGUCCUUCAGGCAGGGGGCCUGCAUCGUGACCGGCAGCGAGGACGCGUGCGUUUACUUCUUUGACGUGGAGCGCAACACUAAGGCCAUCGUAAACAAGCUGCAAGGCCACAGCGGCCCUGUUCUGGACGUCAGCUUCAACUGUGACGAGAGCCUCCUGGCCUCCUCCGACGCCACAGGCAUGGUCAUCAUCUGGAGACGCGAGCAGAAAUAACCGCAGAAGCUUCCAACUGCAACAGCAGCUUCAGUCGUGUGCGAUGUAGAAAUUUACAACCCGGCCAUUAAGGAGCCGAAUCUGCUGUCUGGUCUUGUGCUGAUUUGUUAAAAAUCGUACAGAGCUUUUUUUUUGUUUGUUUGUUUUUUUUUUGCGUGUCUGAUGUUUCAUUAUCCGUCCUCCCUGUGAGAUGUUUUUAGAUUAGAUUAAAGUGUGAUGCUUGCUUGAGACACAUGCAUCAGAAUGUAUGAGUGUGUAUGACUGGGGGGGGGUAUUUAAUACUUGUACGCUGUGGAUAACGUGAUUGUGUGUGUGUGUGUGUGUGUGUGUGUGUGUGUGUGUGUGUUUCCUUGAAAGAGAAAUUAUAUUAACAUUUAACAACGAUGAGCUCGUGCUGGCUUAAAAGUAAACACUAUCGUAUAUGUCUUGUUAUGAAGUAAUACAUUUCAUCCCACAUCCUGA